UCUCACUGUGCAUGCGCAGCUCAGAGCUGAAGAUGUCGGCUCGGUCAUGUGAUCAGCUGUGUCCAAUCACAUCAAUGCCACAUAUCAGUACCCAUCUGAGCUGCCUUUCAGUGUCACCCAUCAGUGCCAGUCAGUGCCACCUAUCAAUGCCAAUCAGUGCCACCUAUCAGUGCUGCCAAUCAGUGCCACCUAUCAGUGCCAUCAGUGCUGCCUAUCAGUGCGCAUCAUUGCCUCCUAUCAGUGCCUGUCAGUGCCGCCUAUCAGUGCCAGUCAGUGCCGCC